CCACAUUAUGCUGCGCAUUCAACUGCUAUUCUUCGCUUGGUUGGCGCUUGCCGCUGCUCAGGACAUCAGCACCCAGGAGAAGAGGCUAUUGGCGGAUAAUGGUACUCUCAGUCUGCAGGAUGGUCGUAUUGUGGGAGGUUGGGAGACAAGGAUCUCAUAUUUCCCACACCAAGUCUCACUGCAGAAGGGCGCGCGUCAUAUAUGUGGUGCCACUAUACUGGCGCCCACCAUUGUCCUAACUGCCGCUCAUUGUCUGACAAGCCCCAAUGAGCCGCAACUCUACGUCAUACGCGCUGGCUCCAAUCAGUGGUCAAGUGGUGGCAGCUACCAUCGUGUUCGUCGCAUCAUUCGUCACGAGCAAUUCAACCUUCCCACACCCAUGAACAAUGACAUCGGCCUGAUACAGCUCCAGGAACCGCUUACUUAUAGUGACAACAUAAAAUCCAUUCCGAUUAUUGCACCAAUGGAUAAUGUGCCCGCACAGGCACAGCUCUUCGUCAGCGGCUGGGGAUCAACAUCAGCGCAGAAAAUGCAGACUGCAUCGAGCUUGCAUUACACAGCCGUCGUCCAAAUGGAUCGUCAGAGGUGUACCCAAAACUAUUAUAGCGCCGCCACCGUAACGAACACCAUGUUUUGUGCGGGCAGUAAGUCUGGACAGGGUGAUCGCGACAGUUGCUUGGGUGAUUCAGGUGGUCCAUUGGUCACACCCGUUGAUGGUCGCUUCAAACUGCUUGGCAUUGUAUCUUGGGGCUUGGGCUGCGCCAGCGCUCAGUUUCCGGGCGUUUAUACCUACGUGCCUGCUUAUACCAACUGGUUAGCGCAGACAGUGACGACACUGACUUAGGUUUAUAUAUGUAUUUUAUACGCUUUCUUUUUAAUUGCGCACACUACAAAUAGAUACUAUAAGUUUGUCAAAACACUCAAAACUUAACUCACAA